GAAACACGGAAGUGUCAAACAGUCGGAACCAGUCUGUGACAGUUUGGAUCAACAUGGCGUCUGACAAACAACACUGCUCCUGCUGCUCCCAUCCUGUCUCCUCUCCCAGUGUUUACCAGACUCUGGAUGAAAUGGAUUUUGAACGAGGCAUCUGGUCUGCUGCCAUGGCCAGUGACCUGGAGAGGGUUAAGCAGUUGGUUCAGAAGGGCACAGACAUCAACGUGAGGGACUCGUCUGGAUACACAGCUCUGCACUAUGCAAGUCGCAGUGGCCAUCUUGCCGUGUGCAAGUUCCUUCUAGAUAAUGGUGCAUGUGCGUCUCCGCAGACACCAGGAGGUGCCACCCCGCUGCAUCGGUCAGCGUACUGCGGCCACUUGGAUGUGGUCAGACUCCUUCUGCACCACCGGGCAAAUCCUACGCUCUGUGAUGACGACGGUGCAUCCCCUUUACACAAGGCUUCAGAACAGGGCCAUGAAGAGGUGUGUCGGCUGCUUGUUGAGAACUGUCCAGCACUUUGCAGCCAGAAGAACAAGAGGCUCCAGCUGUCCCACCAGCUGGCACAGCAGGGAGAUCUGCAGGAGCUCUUAAAACCACCUUGUUGACCGCGAACACACACACUGCAUAAGGGGCACGCUGUGUUUCUAAUAUCAGACAAAUGAAAUGAACUUGAAUUUACCAAGUGAGGUCCACAUGACUCAGGAUCACGUUGACCUGGAUUCACCAUAUUGGACUGUUUCUAUUUCUCAACUGAACAUCAGCGAAAAAAACACUGAGUGAAUCAGGGUGUACAAAACAUAACAUUUUCUAUAUUUAUACCACAGACCUCACCCUGUUUUUAAUUAAUGGUUUACUGCUUGUGUAUAGUACACAAACCCAAAGCUGCCUGUAAAACCUGUCAAAUACACCAGUUUCCACCGUCUGCUACUUAUGCUGGAUUCUUGUUGAGUACUAGUUAAAUAUAAUGUAUAGCGAAGAGUAA